AUGCAAGCCAAAACCUUUGCCGUCUUGGCUGUCCUCAGCGGUGCCGCCCAGGCAUCCGCCAUGGUCAAGUCCAAGACCGUCACCGUCACGGCUAUCCCAACGGUCAUCGCGGUCGUCCCCACGGCCAAGCCGACGGCCGCUGCUGUGCGUCCCACGGCGGCGGGUGAGCCCGCCAAGGUUGGCGAUUCCCUGGCCCGUCGUGACUGGGAUCGCUACGAUGACCGCCACCACGGCCACCACGGCUGCGACAAGUGCGGAUGCCGCGAGGAGGGCUGCUGCAAUUGCCACAAGCCUGGCUCCGUCUGCAGGACGGUCCGGGAUCAGAACAACAACUUGGUGACCAUCGGACGUUGCCUGAACCAGAACCAGCCUCAGCAGCCCGGGGGUUUCCAGCCCCAGCAACCCGGCGGGUUCCAGCCUCAGCAGCCCGGGGGUUUCCAGCCCCAGCAGCCCGGCGGUCUCCAGCCCCAGCAGCCCGGCGGUCUCCAGCCCCAGCAGCCCGGCGGUUUCCAGCCCCAGCAGCCUCAGCAGCCCGGGGCGCCGUUCACGUCCACUUUCCCCGGCGGCAACAACGGGACCAUCAUUGGCAUUGACAUUCACCAGCACCAGCACCAGCAGUGCGGUGACCGCGGCUGCAGGGAGGGCCACUACUGCCGCGAGGGCCGUUGCCACAGACACCACCACCACAAGGGCCACCAUCACCACUGCAAGGAGGGCCACCAUUGCCACAAGGGACACAACCAUCACUGCAAGGAGGGCCACUACUACAAGGAAGGUCACCACUGCCACAAGGGACACCAUCACCAUCACCACGACAAGGACCACCACCACCACCACGACAAGGACCACCACCACCACUGCAAGGAGGGCCACCACUGCCACAAGGGCCACCACGAGUACAAGGGCCACCACUGCAAAGAGGGCCACGAGUAUAAGGAGGGUCACCACUGCCACAAGGGCUACAAGGGACACCACCACCACCACAAGGGCCACAAGGGCCACCACGAGUUCAAGGGCUACCACGAGUACAAGGGAUCCUACGACUACAAGGGCUCUUUCCCCAUCGACGCCCUCCGUGGCAAGUCCGGCUAUGUCUCCCCGCACAAGCCCGUUGGCUCUGGCUCGGACAAGGGUUCGGCCAAGUCUUCUGUCGAGGGCUCUGCCCAAGGUCCGGCCAGGUCUUCCGCUCAGGGUCCCGCUCAGGGUGCUGCUCAACGCCCUGCCCAGGCUCCCGCCCAAGGUCCUGCUCCGGCUCAGGCUCAGUCUCCGGCUCAGGCUCAGUCUCCUGCCCAGGCUCCUGCCCAAGGCCCUGCCCAGGCUCAAGCUCCUGCCCAAGGUCCGGCCCAGGCCCAGGCUCCCGCCCAAGGCCCUGCUCAGGCUCAAGCUCCUGCCCAAGGCCCUGCCCAGGCUCCGGCCAAGUCUGCCACCCAAGCUUCGACUCCGGCUCCUGCCCUAGCUCCUGCCAAGUCUGCCGACAAGGCCUCUGUUCAGGCUCCUGCUCAGGCUCCUGCCCAGGGCUCGGACAAGUCCACCGAUAAGGCUCCUGCUCAGGCUCCUGCCCAGGGCUCGGACAAGUCCACCGAUAAGGCUCCUGCUCAGGCUCCUGCCAAGGGUUCGGACAAGUCUGCCGAUCAGACCCCUGCUCAAGCUCCUGCCCAGGGCUCGGACAAGUACGCCGACAAGGCUUCUGCUCAGGCCCCUGCCCAGGACUCGGACAAGUCUGCCGACAAGGCCUCUGCUCAGGCUCCCGCUCAGGGCUCGGACAAGUCUGCCGACCAGGCCCCUGCUCAGGCUCCCUCCCAGGGCUCGGACAAGUCUGCCGACCAGGCCCCUGCUCAGGCUCCCUCCCAGGGCUCGGACAAGUCUGCCGACCAGACCCCUGCUCAGGCUCCUUCCCAGGGUCCUGCUCAGGACUCGGCCCCAGCCGCUCUCCCUGAGCCCGAGAAGCCCGCCACUGUCGUCAACGCUGCUACUAAGGGCACCGCGGCCGGCACUGGUCUCGUGGCCGCAGCCGCCAUCGCCGGCUUCCUCCUCUUCUGA